AUGGAGAAAGUCCAAGCGCUCGAUGUCACGCAGUACAAGACCACCUCCAAGUCCGCGGUGGAGGCCGCUUUAGACAUAUGCCAGGAAUUGGCGUGGGAUCCAACCGAAGUCGUUCAAGCGUCGCUUCUCGACCUCCUUGUCAUGCGUCUGUCAAAUCACCCAUCGACUGAGAUUGAAUCGCUACGCGAGGACAGCAAAUCCCUGCAUGUAGUCGAAACCCAGCAUUACGUGCGAGGCUCUAGUGUCCAGGACAUCGUCAAACAUACUAUUUCGUCGCUGGGUGAUAUCAACGCAGUGGAUCUCAUCUCCACGUCUAAACUCAAAGCGCGCUUGGAGUCGCUCCAUGCCGCCUUCCCCGGCGCCCACUUCAACCACGCGAUUGCGGUCAAGGCCAAUCCCAUCCGCAGCGUGCUGAGAAUCGUGCAAGAGAUGGGCUUUGGGGCCGAGUGCGCCUCGUUCGCCGAGGUUCACCACGCACUGAGCCUCAACUUUGCCCCUCGGUCGGUGGUCUAUGACUCGCCCUGCAAAACGUACGACGAGCUCAAAACUGCACUGCAGCUGGGCUGCUACAUCAACCUCGACAACGAGGACGAAAUCGACAAAGUGGCGCGCGUUUUCAUCGACUUGUACGGACCGUCGGGCGUUCCGGCCGACAGGCUCCUCCACGACCGCCAAAUCGGCCUUCGCAUCAACCCCGUCGUGGGCGGCGGUUCCAUCGCGUCCACAAGCACGGCCACAAGCUCCAGCAAGUUUGGCCUGCCGUGGACCCCCGACACGCAAGCCACCCUCGUCGCCCUUUUCCACGCGCAUCCGUGGCUCCAAGGCGUGCACGUCCACGUCGGGUCCCAAGGGUGUGCGUUGGACCUCCUCGUGGCCGGCGCCAAGCGGGCCGUGGAGUUUGCCGCGUUGGUCAAUACCCAUGUCGGCCGUGACCAGGUCCGCGUGGUGGACAUCGGGGGCGGCCUGCCAACCGUGUACGACGGCGUGUCCGACCUAACGUACGAAGCAUAUGCCGUCCAACUGCGCGCCCACGUGCCCGCCGUGUUUUCGUCGGCGCUGUCCGUCGUGACCGAGUUUGGGCGGUCUGUGUUUGUCAAGGCAGGGAUCACGCUCACCAAGGUCGAAAGCGUCAAGCGAUGGGACGGCCAGAACAUCGCCGUGGUGCAUGUGGGCGCCAACCAGUUCCUGCGCACGGCCUACCUGCCGCACCAGUGGCCCCAUGUGUUUUCCGUGUUUGACGCGACGGGGGCGUUGAAAUCGGGACCGCUCGUCCGCCAAGACAUUGCGGGGCCGCUGUGCUUUUCAGGGGACUUCUUGGCCAAGCAAGUGCUCCUGCCUCAAAUCCACGCCGGCGACUACAUUGUCAUCCACGACACGGGCGGGUACACAGUGUCCAUGUACUCCAAGUACAACAGUCGCCCUUCCACGGCCAUCUACGGCUACGACGACCAACUCGGCCUCACGCCAUUCAAAGAACAAGAAACAGUCGACCAAGUCCUGGCAUUCUGGGGGCCUUAA